AUGGGGCACAACGGCAGCUGGAUCUCCCGAAACGCCAGCGAGCCGCGCAACGCGUCGGGCGCGGAGGCUGGGAGCGCCAACCGCAGCGCGCUCGGGGAGUUCGGCGAGGCUCAGCUGUACCGCCAGUUCACCACCACCGUGCAGGUCGUCAUCUUCAUAGGCUCGCUGCUCGGAAACUUCAUGGUGUUAUGGUCAACUUGCCGAACAACCGUGUUCAAAUCUGUCACCAACAGGUUCAUUAAAAACCUAGCCUGCUCCGGGAUUUGUACCAGCCUGGUCUGCGUGCCCUUUGACAUCAUCCUCAGCACCAGUCCUCACUGCUGCUGGUGGAUCUACACCAUGCUCUUCUGCAGGGUCGUCAAAUUUUUGCACAAAGUCUUCUGCUCUGUGACUAUCCUCAGCUUCCCUGCCAUUGCCUUGGACAGGUACUACUCCGUCCUUUAUCCCCUGGAGAGAAAAAUAUCUGAUGCCAAGUCCCGCGAACUGGUGAUGUACAUCUGGGCCCACGCAGUGGUGGCCAGCGUGCCCGUGUUUGCAGUGACCAACGUGGCCGACAUCUACGCCAUGUCCACCUGCACCGAAGUGUGGAGCAACUCGCUGGGCCACGUGGUGUACGUGCUGGUCUAUAACAUCACCACGGUCAUCGUGCCUGUGGCUGUGGUCUUCCUCUUCCUGAUACUCAUCCGCCGGGCCCUGAGCGCCAGCCAGAAGAAGAAGGUCAUCAUCGCGGCCCUGCGGACCCCACAGAACACCAUCUCUAUCCCGUACGCCUCCCAGCGGGAGGCGGAGCUGCACGCCACCCUGCUGUCCAUGGUGAUGGUCUUCAUCUUGUGUAGCGUGCCCUACGCCACCCUGGUCGUCUACCAGACCGUGCUCAACGUCCCCGACACGUCCGUCUUCUUGCUGCUCACGGCCAUUUGGCUGCCCAAGGUGUCUCUGUUGGCCAACCCUGUGCUCUUCCUGACUGUGAACAAGCCUGUCCGCAAGGGCUUGGUGGGCACGUUGCUGCAGCUGCACGGGCGCUACAGCCGCCGGAACGUGGUGAGCGCGGGGGGCGGGCCGGCCGGCGCCAGCCUGGAGCCCAGCCUGCGCUCGGGCAGCCAGCUCCUGGAGAUGUUCCACAUCGGGCAGCAGCAGAUCUUCAAGCCCGCGGAGGAUGAGGAGGAGAGCGAGGCCGGGCACACUGGCUCCGCGGAGCUCCCGGCCCAGGAGCCAGCGGGGCCCCGCCUGCAGGGGGAGCGCGGCCCGCAGCGUGCACCUGCUGCGUCUCUCCCGCGCGCCGCCGACCCCGUUUGCCCGGGGGCGCCUGCGGCACCUGCGGAGCCCGAGACGCUGCCUGACAAGUACUCCCUGCAGUUCGGCUUUGGGCCUUUCGAGUUGCCUCCUCAGUGGCUCUCAGAGACCCGGAACAGCAAGAAGCGGCUGCUUCCGCCGCUGGGGAACACGCCGGAGGAGCUUAUUCAGACAAAGAUGCCCAAGGUAGGCAGGGUGGAGCGGAAGAUGAGCAGGAACAAUAAAGUGAGCAUUUUCCCAAAGGUGGAUUCCUAGUCAGGACUGCCGAGCUCCCAUACUCCUGCCUUCCCUUCACUCUGGCUAGCCCCAGGGUUUGGGGUAUCUCAUUGUAACCAGGAACCGGCUGCCUCCUCCUGCGUGGGCCCUCCUGAAUGAGAGGGAAAUCUUUAGAAGAUCAGUUGUCCUCUUUAUUGAGGGAGUCUACGUAUGUGUCUCUGUGAUCUGUGUCCUUGGUGAAGUGUGCAUUCCUCUCUGUGGAGACAAAAGGUGGGCAGUAUGCAAUGGGUCUUGGGAUGGAUACUCCAUGUGCGUUUUCCGAGGACUCCUUGAUUCCUGGGCCCGGCAGGGAGUAAGGGAGAGAAGAACAUCUGUGAGCUCGAAGGGAGCAGGGGCACCCUGAGGGAAGCCCAAGAUAAUUACGGAGUGGUGUGGCCACAGAGAAAAGGCCUAUUUGAUUGACUCAAGUAGGACAAAUAUUAAAAAACGUUUCAUAUUGAUAUGUAUCUUCAGGGGAGAUAGGGACUUGGCAUUUGACACCUUUUCUCUGGAAGGCCUGAUCGGAUGAAUCAGUUUCUCCUGAAGCUCUUCAUCUCUUUCACUGGGAUGUAGAUGAAGAAAGGCGUUUCCACCCCCAUUUGACAGACAAGGCAAUAGGUGGGCCUGGGGGUCAGGGAGGAGAUAUUCUGUCUCGAAUAUCCUGAUAUUCUCCUGGCACCACUGAAAGCCUCAGAAAGUCUGUCUGCAGUGUUGGUUGGAAAACACUACAAGUGCUUUACUAUGUCUUUCCCCCUAAAUUGCAUUUUUUUCAGUCAACGAGAGAGAAGCUAAGAGGUAGAGAAGAAAGGCAGAAAUGUCCAUACCCUGUAGUCUCUUCUCUUCCAAUGUUGAUUUCAUGUGAAAGGGGCCAUGUCACCAUCAGUAAGAGUGAAGUAUAUUGAAAAAAAAUUACCUUGCGCCAACUUUUGGAAUUAAAAGGUAAUUUAAAAAUGCAGAGUUAGUGUAAACUGGGUCCUCUAGAAACAUAAAAAUACUUGAUUAGGAAAGGUGAUGCUGCCAGAAGAGUGAGAGAAGUCAAAGAUGGCUUCCUUCUGAUGAGGACUCCAGAACCCAGGUGUGGUCAGCCUCAUGUUCAGUCUCUUUUUGCAACUAUGGUUCUCCCUUCAUUUUGGACACAAAGGAGGAAGAGGACAGGGAGAAAGAUUUUAAUCAUUUUAAAAUGCCCAGGUGGCACCUAGCCCGGGGGAGCCCUUCACUUCCUCUUUUCUGGUAAAGUUUUAGCAGGAGUCAGAGUGGAUAGA